GUUUUAGUAUGCGAUUGGCUCGUAAGAGUCGGAUAUUCGAAAGUGUCAGUUGCUCGUUUUCUUUUUCUAAUUGCCGUAGUCGGUUCUCUAUGUUUCCUGGAGCAGAUCGUCGUUGUGUGUAUUGUUGUUGUUGCAAGGAAGCUGCUUCUUCGGUGGGUGAGGAAGGUUCCUGAAAAGGACAGGAUGAGUUAUGCAGGCUGCCAAACAAUAGCUUUUUUAUUUUGCGCGUGCACACACAUACAUGCAACUUACCAGGGAGGGAGUUUCGUUUAAU